CCAAACCAUGGCGGACAGCCAUCCACAUAGCCUUGAUCUGAUGUGCUCGUCAGAAUGGGAAGCUUCUCCUCUACAACGUCACUUUCUUAUGAGGUUACGCUCUGCAGAGGCUUGCAUGAGGCACUUGAAUCCAGUCAAACGCUUGAUUUUCUCCCCAACGGUAGCCGAAUUCGAAUCCACAUGUCGAGGGUUCCAUUCCCAGCCAGUAGUAAUGCCAGCGGACUGGUUACCGCCAUGGACGGAAAUUCUCCAGGCUCCGAGUGUUACGGAGGGACUUGAAGGUCUUCUCGGUGAUGAAGUAGAGUCAGGUUGAGGUCUUCCGCCUCGAUUUUCGCAACGACAGCAGAAACGCCGACCGAGUGGUAUCAUCAACGAUCAAGAGGGCCUUGGGCGACCUGGAAAUGGAAGAAGCAGAGGAUACAGCAGCAGGAGAUGCGAAGAAGCGGCGGUGUGUGGAAGGUAUGAGCAUUGUUACCAAUGGCGAAGUACCCUUGCUAUCCUGUGAGGUAUUAGCGUCAUCAACGGGAGCAACAGUAUCUGUCGCCAGUAACCCAGCCAUAAGCGAGACAUGUGGAGCAAAAGAAGCAGUUCCAAAAGUUAUCUCCGCCCCGGACUUACAACCAGCCUCAGCGUUGCGAUUCUCCUAUCUUCCAAAUUCGUCUGUGCGCUUGAUGCAUCUGGGUCGGUUCCUAUCAACUUGCAAGGGAUCUGUUGCACAAUCUUCUGAGUCGUCAGAGCCGCCCCUACCAGCGUGGCAGCUGAUGUAUCUGACAUGGCGUGGACUUCCCAAUUCAUCUGCGUCCAUACAGUCAGACUUUGAGCUAACGGCUUCUGACAAUUGUCAGGAGGAAUCAGUGAGCAACAGAGACAAGCUGGAGGGAAAAACUCAAGCAGGCGCUCAGUCAUCAGUCAGCCUUAUCCCAGACAAGCAGCUGUCCAAUGGGAGCACGCCACAUGGCUUCCAAGUAUUCAUAGACCAGCUGCUGGUCCCGACUCUUUCCCCUCCGUUCCUGGAAGCUUUCAGACAAGGGGAGGCACUGCACAAAAGCGAAGAGGCUGGGGACAAAAAGAGCAAGGGGAGAGCCAGCGGACUGGGGGCUACAGGAUGUGCUUCUGGCGGUCGUGAGCAGUGGAACUUGUGGGUGGGACGGAGUGCCACAAGUCAGAUUCACUUUGACGGCAUAGACAAUGUCCACGUGUGCUUAGAGGGCAGCAAGCUGUUUCAUCUCUACGACCCCUCUGACUCCAUCUUCCUCUACCCCAACCCUUGGAGCGAAGAUUCGAUUAACAACAAGUCAUCUUUGCCUUCCAUCCUCACCGCGUGUCCGGAAAAGCAUCCUCUUUUCUUCUCUCAUGCUACAUGCCACCGAGUUCAGCUGAUGCAGGGAGAGGCUAUUUUCAUUCCAGCUGGAUGGUGGCAUGAGGUUUUCACCUUUGGUCCAAUGACGGUUUCAGCAAAUGUCUGGUUCCCGCCACAUCCAUCAUGUCGACUGAGGCCCACCCUGAUGAUGCUUCACUCUCACCGCAUGCUUCAUCACAUGCAAGCAGCUUGGGAGAGAGGGCUCUUCAAGCAUCUCGAAUCGUAGAAGGCUGAAGCUCUCACUUCAGUGCCAGCCACCAGACUCGGAAUCUGACUAGCAGCAUUGCUGAACCCAGCCUUAGUCUCUAAAUACGUUACACCUCUAAGGAGCAAGCUCAGUAUCAGAAAUGCUUCCAAUCCAAGCUUGCAGUUAUACACCAUUCUCAGCAUGCAGCUACCAGCCUGACUAGAAAAGAAUGGAUUCCUUCCCACAAAUUGCACAGUAUGUAUCAAACAGUGAAAUUGACAUGGUACAUCAGAGCCAAAGGUCUUGGGUUCAACUCCCGGUGCCAGCGCUGCAGAGGCGCUCGUGUCUUCCACCUAUCCCAGCGGGGGGGGGGGUGUUGAGUGACCCGCUGGGGUUGCCCUUGAGAUCCUCGGGGAAGGGCUACAGGUGCAGAGCCUG